AUGGUAUGGUAAGCUACAUGGUCAUCACACAACAUAACGUGUUGGGGUGUGGUUAAUGCCGUGGGAUCUUUACUAGAUCAGUAGAUUUGAAUUGUUUGUCGUACGCGUUGUUUUACAUCGUGAUCAUUCACGAAACAAUUUUUUCACGAUGAAGAAAAGAAGCUUUUCCGGCAAUGUGGGUGUCGGUGUCUUUAUCGUUGCUUUCGUGUGUGUUUGCGUUGCAUUUGGUACACCAGCAUGGUUAGUGAGUGAUUAUCGUAUCACUGGCGCAAAACUCGACAAAUUAGGCUUGUGGACGCAUUGCUUUAGAUCACUUCCAAAUCCUCAAGAAAUGGACGCACCUAGACGCUUUUUCGUUGGUUGUAGAUGGGUUUAUGAUCCCUUCACUGCAGGUUAUUCUGAUAUUCGAGGCUUUCUACUACCUCCAUUUAUGAUAGCAACACAGUUUUUCUUUACUCUAUGCUUCCUGUUGAGUAUGGUGUCAUUUGUAUUGGUAUUAUUGUUCACUCUAUGUUGUGAUCCAGAACAGAAACGUUAUGUACAACUUAUCAUGACAAUUGGAGGUUUACUAUUUGUUGGUGGAAUAAGUGGUGGACUAGCAGUAAUUAUAUUUGCUUGCCUUGGAAAUACUGAUGGUUGGAUGCCUGGACAUGCAAACAAUUUCUUUGGUUGGUCCUUUGUAAUGGCAGCUGUGGGUAGUGUAUUGACAAUUAUAGCAGGAGCUCUUCUUCUUGUUGAAGCAAAUGUUCAACGUAAAAAACGAGAGUAUUUAAAAGAAUCUCAAACAAGAUUCCAGCUUGAAUCUCGUACAUGAGCUAGAGUAUUAUUAUUACAUAAGACUUGCACAACAAUUUAGUGCUAAAAUUUUGUAAUAUUAUUCCGUCCAUAUAUUAGCUGGUUUUUAAUAAUAGUAUAUUGUAACACAUAUUUUCUAUUAUUCUAGUACAAAGUAUGUUAUAAAACAAGAUUUGUAUUUUUGUAAGUUUUAUAUAUACAAGAUAUGUAUAAAUUGUAUUAAGUAGUGUUGAUAAGGGAACCUUUGUAUUUUUAUUGUUGUUUUAUUUGUUUAAUAACUUUUUGGAAAUUAAAUUAUACUGAAAGUGAAAGUUAAUGGAAAUAUAUCUAAAGUUAAUUAUUUUAGCAAAGGAAGAGUAAUUUCAAUUGUGUCCAAUAGAAAAAUUUCUUUUGAAUUAUAAGAAGUUGUUAUGGAAAGUUGUAUAAGUUUUACAAUGUAAACAUCUACUGCCAGUGGUCAAUUUAUAUGUAUAAGAUUUGUAAAGACUAGUGUAAUUUACACGUAUAAAAAUAUUAACAUAAUUAUAUGAAUUAAUUUAAUUAUUCGUCCUUGACUGUAAAUUAUAAAAAAAUUAUUUUUAAAUAGACACAAUGCGGUUUUGUAAUAUAUCUUUACUUCAAUAAAAAUAAGAUUAAAUGUUGAAAAU